GGGACACCAGUCACAUAAGUCAAUACUCUGAAGCGGGCAUCACAUCUUGUUCUCCUUAAGUAGUUGCCAACGCGUUAAAUGGAGAUGUCCUCACGCUGUGCCGAUGCGUUCGAUGAGGCAGCCGGAGCGCUACCUCCCCCUCCGCGUCAAUUUGAAGACGAUGUGGACGCAGUUGUCUUGAUCUUCCUCAGCCUUCUCAUUGCAAAAACACCGUCACCAGCUGCAGCGGUGCAGUACAAAAUGUCGCAGCUGUUGAUCAUCGCCCAAGCCUUUUUCGUCCUCGCCGUCGUUCGCAGCAGCGGCGAUGUGCACGACGGCUCGCCCCAGGUCGGCGUGUGCACGGAGCGCGAUCUCUACUAUCGCCAUCCUCUCUUAUUUGGUAGUCAGCGAGCGACGCAUGCAAGCAUCGAGCGACUCUGUCGUUGGCUCGAUGUGGGACAUGUUUGGUCGACCCUGAAGCGUCGCCACAUUGAAAUGAACAGUGUUCUAUUGAGACAGGUCUUCUGCAAACCGCAGCAUGUGCAUUCCCAACUGCACAGCCUGCUGAGGGCUAGCAACACCGACGCAGUAACAGCAGUGGCCCAACUCGCGUACACGCGCGAGUCCCUCGGGAUCACGGCGGCUGGCAAAAGUACCCUUUCGGGGGCCCUGAUUAUAGAGCUAUGUCGCCCUUCUGAAUACGUGGAUGUUUCAGCCUGCGGGGCGGCGGGUGUGUCUCUCACCUACCCCCUCGUGACACGUCUGAUGGGGUGUCAUCGCCCUCCCUCUUCACCUCCGCUAGCCUCUGUCUCUGCGUUGCUGGUGAUUGAAAAGGAGAGCAUUUACCACGCCGUGCUGCAGGCCGCAGAGCGCCGUCGCAACGGUUGGAGUAGGAGCUUCUCCUUCCUCUGCACGAAGGGCUACCCGUGUGUGGCGGCCCAGCAGUGGCUACGACGCGUGCAUGCGGUGUGGCCUUCUCUCGAGCUUCACGUGCUCGUCGAUGGCGAUCCGCAUGGCCUGUGCAUCGCCUUGACCGCAAUGGGGCUGCUCGGUUCACGCGCGCGCCAUGCUAUUGAAGGUGCCGUCACGGAAAUCACUCCGUUGCACUUUGCCGGGGUCUGUCCGUCACGCGUGUUUGACCGCUGCAUCACAAACAGCACGCGCAACUCUGCCUGGGUCUCCCAUGCUACCCUGUCGGCCUCGGAAGGUAUUUCUCUCACACGCGAUGAUCGGCGAGUGCUACGUCGUGUCAAGGCAGCGAUGCAGGGAGCGUUAGAUGCUAGAGUAGCGGUGGCGGCGGCGUCUGUCGGUAGUUCAGAAACCGAUAAAACGAACGUGCGGCGCACAUUAGAAAAGAUGAUGCAAGAAGCCGACUGGAUGGAGCGCUCCGGCAUCAAGUGCGAACUCCAACUAGCGUGCAGACCCUUUGAAAGUCCACUACACUUCGUUGAAGAAAAUAUCUCGAGCUAG